AUGGCAUCGCCGAUACCGACUAUGAACCAAGCGAACUCGUCGCAUCACCAUUCACCACAAGGCGCCACACCUUCCUCGCCGCCCAACAAGCGCGACUUGAAAUCGUGGUGGAAAGGUUUCAAAUUGCCGUCUAAGCAGCAGGAUCCUCCAGAAAACAAAGCACCGGGCAUCUUUGGUGUUCCGCUGCGACAGAGCAUCACGUAUGCCAAUGUUGCCAUAUCCCUUCUUGACGAGAACGGGAAGAGCUACAUUUACGGAUAUGUACCCAUAGUGGUUGCCAAGUGCGGCGUAUUUUUGAAAGAAAAAGGCAUGUUUGUAAUCUUAAGCCUGUCCAGCCGGAAAGGAAAGCCACUAAUGAGUCUUGCAGCCACCGGAAUUGAGGGCAUUUUCCGGUUGAGCGGCUCUGAAAAACGAAUCAAGGAACUAAAGCACAUUUUCGACUCGCCCGACAGAUAUGGCAAAGGCCUUGUUUGGGAUGGAUAUACUGUCCAUGACGCCGCCAACGUUCUCCGCCGUUAUUUGAACGACUUGCCUGAACCUGUAGUCCCUUUGGCCUUGUACGAGAAGUUUCGCGAUCCCCUGCGCGGGGCCACCAAACAGCCAACUGCAGAUGGCGAGGGACCACAGUUUGUCGAAAACUUUGACGAACAAGCCGCAAUUAAGAAAUAUCAGCAACUAAUUACAGAGUUGCCCCCUCUGAACCGACAGCUCUUACUUUACAUCUUGGACUUGCUGGCGGUCUUUGCCGCCAAGUCUGAUGAAAAUCGAAUGAACUCGCAGAAUUUGUCUGCCAUUUUUCAGCCCGGCAUGCUCUCACAUCCUAAUCAUGCAAUGGCCCCGGAAGAAUAUCGCCUCAAUCAGUGCGUUUUGAUUUUCUUGAUUGAGAAUCAAGAUCACUUUCUCAUUGGCAUGCAAGGCACUGCUGCUGAUGAGAAUACAAAGAAGGAAGUAGAGUCAGGGACUCCUACUACGCCAAAUGCAGCAGGUGUUAAUAGAUCUGCAUCUACUGCAAGCGCUGGUGCCAAUAGUGUUCGCAAGGAAGGCCAGUUGCGCCGUAACCGGUCUACGUCUUCUCGGCACUCGAGAGGGGAGGGCAGCGUCGGCUCCCACAGCCCGUCCCUCGCAACGAGCACCACCGGGGGCCUCGGUCGCAGCAAUACGGUACCCUCGAAGAAAUCUCCAGGCUUAGCAGGGGGAAAGUUCAGGAAGCUCGACAGUCCUGGCCAACAGUCUCCAGCCCGCCUCGAACCCAUGACCCCAGUGAGGCCGGCCAUGGCGUUUGAUGAAUCAAAGGAGACAAGUCUAGAUCCUCCAGCGGUUGGUUUUACACACGUUUCUACUGGCACCGCUCAGACGUCAGCUCCAAGCCAGGAAAGGCUGCUGGAGGUCCCCCAAGAAUUUUUACCAGCCCCAACCAAGGAGCGAAAUCUUCCAAGCUUGUUCCAGCGGUCGUCAGCAGAGUCCAGCGACAAACGUCAACCAAACAAGCUGAAGAAGAAGAGGAUUCCGGGGAGCAUGAACAUCAGCGCUCACAGCUCUACUGCUUCUCUGCCUCACUCGAACGCGGCGUCGCCAGCCCGGGAAGCGUCGAAUCCAAUGGAAACGAUGCAGCACAUCUCUGAGAAGCUGACGUCUGACACAUCAAAGCCACCACUUGCAGAAGAAACUAACAAAACGCCUCUAGCUGAAACUCAGAAUCCUAUCAACUCUUGCGGAGCGCACGUAUCGCAAACAAAGGCGCCGUUACCACACCAGUCGAGUGAUUUGUCCUCUGAACCGACGCCACGAGCAUCCCAGAUUGCCUCGGGUAAUAGUUUACGCCCUGAUGAUCAUAUCACCGGAAAGAAGUCGCCGCCAACGUCGAUCCAUUCAUCUUUCAACGAGGGAUCUGACCUAGACCAGACCUUCGAGGGCCAGACUGCUCCACAGAUUGAGAAUCCUGAUAAAGAGAAAAAGCGGCGAUGGAGACUGUCCAGAACAAGGAGAGACGACAAUGAUUACUCUUCCGGGUCUUUGGUGACUCCAUCACCUGGGAAUCUCGGAUCCAAUACUGGCGCCGAAACAAGCACGACGACUGUUGGCAGUGGAGGUAGCAAAACUCGCAGAAGCUUCCAACACGAUGGAUCAGAGUCGCACUUGUUCGAUUCUCACGGUGGGCAUGACGGUGAGAGAGAGAAUGGAAAAGACGACCCGAAAGGGCCCAUCGGUUGGAUAAAAAACAAAUAUCGCGAGGCCAAGGAGAACGCUGAACAACGCCGAAACAAGUCACCGCCAGCAGACAGGCAUGAAGAUCGACAGGCUCUUGGUGCAGCCCUGGCCUCUCGUGGGAAGAGCCUGGACUUGAAGAGGGAGGGACAGGAGAAUGAUAAAGCAGCAGAAAAGCCCUCCGAGACCUCCACCGCCGAGAAGGCCGCCGAGAAGGAAGUGAUUGAACCGGUGAUCGCCGCACCGACGCACCACGAUAAUCCCAAAUUUACCGAGGUGCUCACUCCCACAGCUACAGCUGGACCACUAGAACCUGUUCUUGAGACGCUCAUGGAAACGCCAACAGAACAAAUCCACACCGUGACUGAAGCGCCACCGGCAAAGAUCUCAGAAGGCAAACCCGGCCAGUCUGAAACAGAAGUUCCAGUCGCGCCCGCCCCUGCGGUGCCAAUUACAGGAGAACGGGCACCUGCUGAGGCACCUGCCGAACUUGGCAAACAGGCAUGA